AUGGUGAAUCGACCUUUGAAACGGGGCGUGCGGGUGCCGGUCGCCGGUCCACACGCCCCGGGCCUUGACCCCUUCCUCCUCCUCUUCGGCAUCCGGGGAAGGGAAAGGAUUUGCUCCCUCUUCCCAGCCCGCGAGGCCCUCGCCUCGACAGCAAGAAGGAGGGCAUGCGAAGAAGGAAGGGAGGUUUACGAGCGGGAGCACGCCUGGCUGGUCUCGGCCAUGGAAGAAGAUUUCUUGCACCAAGGCGCCCCCUCCCGUCUUGACUAUUUGAAAACGUCCUUGCAGGUUGAGAGGGAGGGAGGACCGAGGAGUGGGAGGGAGGAAGGGAGGGAGGAAGGGAAGGGGGGAGGGUACGACAAGAAGCUGAACGAGAAAAUCCGUCAGCUCCGAGGCGAGGUGGAGAUACUCUCGUCGGGAUCCGCCUCAUCAUCGCCCCCGCCCUCGGUCCCUCCCUCUUCGCUCCUGGAAGAACAUGAAAAUGGAAGGCAUGCGGGAGGGCAGGGAGGGGGGGGGAGAGGGCGGGGGGAGGAGAAAGAUGGAGACGGGCAAAGGCGAGGGGAAGCGGAGGGACUGGCAGUUAACACGGUGUUAAGGAGAGGAGCGUGGGCAGGCGGGAAAGACAAGGAGGAGGAAGGAGGGGAGGAUGAGGGAGGAGGGGAAGGGAGUGGUGGAAAGACCGAUAAGAAGAGGUUGAGAAAAUGA